GUCGAUUUUAAUUUGACUAUAUUUUGACCAACACAAGUCGCCUGAAAGCUCACCCCCUCUCUGCGCUGUGAGCUUUUUCCUCUCCGUCGGCUUUCCUCUUCCGUACUCUCCGCCGGUUACUUACUCCGGCGAAAUCGAUCUUUGAUGGAAACUUCAUCUAGUGGAUAUCGAUUUCGGAGAAUACCACACCAUUCCUUCGCUGGUUCCUUGAAUUUAGAUCCACUGCUUGAUGAAAAUUUGGAGCAGUGGCCACAUUUAAAUGAACUCGUGCAAUGCUACAGAACCGACUGGGUAAAAGAUGAGAACAAGUAUGGUCACUAUGAAAGCGUCAGCCCGACUUCAUUUCAGAGUCAAAUAUAUGAGGGUCCUGAUACUGAUAUUGAAACAGAAAUGCAUCUUGCAAAUGCUAGACGGUCUAAGAUUGAGGAUUCAAUUGAUGGUGAAAUCCCCAGCACUUCCGGGACACAACUCUCUGAAGAUAAUUUCUCUGACCUCUCAAAUGCCAAAGUCUCCAAGCAUUUUGGUGAAUCCCCUCUACCGACUUAUGAACCAGUUUUUGACUGGGAAAAUGAAAGAUCAUUAAUAUUUGGGCAAAGGAUUCCUGAAGCUCAUAUGUCCCAGUAUACGAGCGGUCUGAAGAUUGCUGUGAAAGUCCUAUCAUUGUCAUUUCAAGCUGGACUAGUUGAGCCGUUUUAUGGCACAAUUUGUUUAUAUAAUAGGGAGCGAAGAGAAAAACUUUCUGAGGAUUUUAUUUUCCAUGUAUUGCCUACCGAAAUGCAAGAAGCAAGCAGUUCCUAUGAAAGGCGUUGCAUUUUUCAUCUAGAUGCUCCAUCAGCAUCUAUUUGUCUGCUAAUCCAACUAGAAAAACCUGCCACUGAAGAAGGUGGAGUGUCUCCUUCUGUUUAUUCACGAAAGGAACCAGUUCAUCUGACAGAGAGAGAGAAACAGAAACUACAAGUAUGGUCACGGAUCAUGCCUUACAGGGAGUCCUUUUCCUGGGCCAUCAUUCCACUCUUUGAUAGUAACAUAGCUUCUGUGGGUGGCUCUGCUUCUCCCAGCAGCCCUCUUGCUCCCAGCGUCUCUGCUUCAAGUUCACAAGAGGGUAUCACUGAGCCACUUUCAAAAAUUACAGCAGAUGGAAAGCUUGGUUAUUCAAAUGGAAACUCCAUCGUCGUUGAAGUGUCUAACUUAAACAAAGUCAAAGAAGGAUACACUGAGGAAUCUCUCCAGGAUCCAAAGAGAAAGGUUCAUAAACCAGUAAAAGGUGUCUUGAAAUUGGAAAUCGAAAAACUGCCAGCUAGCUCUACUGAAGUUGAAAAUGCUUUGGAGAGUGGUAGUUUGAUCUAUGAUUCUCUUGAUCAUGGCGACCAUUUGAAUGAUUCAACUUCUAUGAAAUGCCCUACUAAUGGUUCCUUUUCCAAGUCUAAAUCAUCUGAGAUGAAAGAGCUUGUUCGGAAUGGUUCAGUUACUCAUGAAAAUGUGGAAAAUACUGCUGAUGAUUUUGAAGCUUUUGACUUCCGCACAACGACAAGGAAUGAACCGUUCUUGCAGCUCUUUCACUGCUUAUAUGUCUACCCCUUGACUGUUAGUAUGAGUCGGAAACGAAACAUGUUUAUUCGUGUUGAACUGAGAAGGGACGACACAGAUAUUCGAAAACCAUCUCUAGAGGCUAUGCAUCCAAAGGAACCAGGUGUACCACUUCAGAAAUGGUCUCACACACAAGUUGCUGUGGGGGCAAGGGUGGCCAGCUACCAUGAUGAAAUCAAAGUUUCUUUGCCUGUUAUUUGGACACCAUCACACCACCUUUUGUUUACUUUCUAUCAUGUUGAUCUUCAGACAAAACUUGAAGCACCAAAGCCGGUGGUAAUUGGAUACGCUUCACUUCCAUUAUCGACACAUGCACAGUUCAGAUCUGAGAUAUCCUUGCCAAUCAUGAAAGAAUUGGUUCCUCAUUAUCUUCAAGAAAGUGGCAAGGAAAGGCUGGAUUACUUGGAAGAUGGAAAGAAUAUCUUCAAGCUUCGUUUACGACUAUGUUCAUCAUUAUACCCAGUUAGUGAGCGCAUUAGGGAUUUUUUCCUCGAGUAUGAUAGGCAUACUCUACGGACAAGCCCCCCUUGGGGAUCUGAACUUCUUGAGGCAAUCAAUAGUUUGAAGAAUGUUGAUUCCACUGCUUUGCUUCAAUUUCUUUAUCCAAUCUUAAACAUGCUUCUCCAUCUUAUUGGCAACGGGGGAGAAACUCUUCAGGUUGCUGCCUUUAGAGCUAUGGUUAACAUUUUAACAAGGGUGCAGCAAGAGUCAGUUGAUGAAGCUGAGAGAAAUGCUUUCCUGGUAAACUUUGUUGAUUACGCUUUUGAUGAUUUUGGCGGCCGCCAGCCACCAGUGUAUCCUGGUUUGUCCACAGUGUGGGGAAGUUUGGCUCGCAGUAAGGCAAAAGGGUACCGCGUUGGGCCUGUCUAUGAUGAUGUCUUGGCAAUGGCUUGGUUUUUUCUUGAGUUAAUUGUCAAGUCAAUGGCACUGGAGCAGGCUCGAUCCUUCUAUCACAAUCUUCCAUCAGGUGAAGAUAUCCCGCCAAUGCAAUUGAAAGAAGGUGUUUUCAGAUGUGUUGUUCAGUUGUAUGAUUGCCUUUUAACAGAAGUUCAUGAACGCUGCAAGAAAGGUCUAAGCCUGGCCAAGCAUUUAAAUAGUAGUUUGGCUUUCUUUUGUUAUGAUCUUUUAUCCAUCAUUGAGCCUCGUCAGGUUUUUGAACUGGUGUCCUUAUAUCUCGAUAAAUUCUCUGGAGUGUGUCAAACGGUGCUGCAUGACUGCAAGCUUACCUUUCUACAAAUUAUAUGCGAUCACGAUCUUUUUGUUGAAAUGCCUGGACGAGAUCCUUCUGAUAGGAACUAUCUUUCAUCUAUCUUAAUUCAAGAGAUUUUCCUUACAUGGGAUCAUGAUGACUUGUCAAUGAGGGCAAAAGCGGCAAGAAUCUUGGUGGUCCUCAUGUGUAAGCACGAGUUUGAUAUCCGCUACCAAAAGCUAGAGGAUAAAUUAUAUAUUGCUCAAUUAUAUUUUCCCCUUGUUGGCCAGGUUCGUAUCUAUCUCCAGGCCCUUGUGUGUAGGAAUGAUGGUGUCUGGAGCAAGGAUCACGUGAGUGCAUUACGCAAAAUAUGCCCCAUGGUCAGCAGUGACAUCACUUCUGAGGCUUCAGCAGCUGAGGUGGAGGGAUAUGGUGCUUCAAAACUCACAGUUGACUCGGCUGUGAAGUAUUUACAGCUUGCAAAUAAGCUUUUCCAUCAGGCUGAGUUGUUCCAUUUCUGUGCAAGCAUUCUAGAACUUGUAAUCCCAGUAAAUAAAAGCAGGAAGGCAUAUGGACAGCUUGCAAAAUGCCACACAACACUUACUAAUAUCUACGAGUCCAUCCUUGAGCAGGAAUCAAGCCCUAUUCCUUUCACAGACGCCACAUAUUAUAGAGUUGGAUUUUAUGGUGAGAAGUUUGGGAAUCUGGACAGGAAAGAAUAUGUUUAUAGAGAGCCUCGUGAUGUGCGAUUAGGUGACAUAAUGGAGAAAUUGAGCCAUAUCUAUGAGUCGAGAAUGGAUGGAACUACAUUACACGUAAUUCCUGAUUCAAGACAGGUCAAAGCAGAUGAGUUGCAGCCUGGAGUCUGCUACCUGCAAAUAACUGCAGUUGAUCCAGUAAUGGAGGAUGAAGAUUUAGGAAGCAGAAGGGAAAGGAUAUUCUCUCUUUCUACAGGAAGUGUCCGUGCUCGUGUCUUUGAUCGGUUUUUGUUUGAUACCCCUUUCACUAAAAAUGGAAAGACCCAAGGAGGCUUGGAAGACCAAUGGAAGCGGCGAACAGUUCUGCAAACUGAGGGAUCUUUUCCUGCGCUAGUGAAUAGACUCUUGGUUAUUAAAUGUGAAUCCCUUGAGUUCUCCCCGGUUGAGAACGCAAUUGGAAUGAUUGAAACUAGGACAGCUGCAUUAAGGAAUGAACUUGAAGAGCCUAGAAGCUCAGAAGGCGAUCAACUUCCCCGUUUGCAGAGUUUACAAAGGAUUCUUCAAGGUUCAGUUGCAGUUCAAGUUAACAGUGGAGUCCUCAGCGUCUGUACAGCUUUCCUUUCUGGUGAGCCUGCAACUAGGUUGCGUUCACAGGAGCUACAACAACUUAUUGCUGCCCUUCUUGAAUUUAUGGCUGUGUGCAAACGUGCUAUUCGAGUGCACUUUAGGUUGAUCGGGGAAGAAGAUCAGGAUUUCCAUACUCAGCUUGUAAAUGGGUUCCAGUCUCUCACUGCAGAACUGUCACAUUAUAUUCCUGCAAUUCUUUCAGAGCUUUAGCAGUAUUUCUUAGUUUUUUUUUUUCUGUAUGUAGUCUGUGUUCCUCCUAUAAUAUGCUAAUAUUGUUUGCAAUGACUUUGUUUUGUAUUCAGGCUGGGUCUCUGUUCAUAAUU